AUGAUGCUUGAUGGAGGAAACGAGAGGAAAAGAUCUAUGCUGACCUCGAUUUGUGUACGAGGCCUAGAGCGUAUUUCGCCAACGUUCGCACAGGACAACAAUCCACGUGAAGUCUGGCAGGGGGGCAGGCUGUACCAUGAAGACAUCGAACGUGAAGACGAAGACGCAGACGAAGACGACGAUGAUGACCCCGAAGCAAUGGAGACUCUCUCACCGACUCUUCUCAAGGCGGCCAUCGCACUUCACGACAUGAACAUAUUCGCAAAGGCGGCCGAGAACGUACAUGAGAAGUCAGAGGACAACAUCUCGAUCAUGAUUGCUGCUCUCGAGCAGUUUUUCACCGUCCCUGCCCAGUCGCAAGCUGAGGUACAUCGUUGGCUGGACGCCGCGUGGCCACUUGGUAAUGUUGAAGACGAGCUCCUACCUCUCUACAAGUCCAUGAAGGAGGCUUCUGGUAUUCCUGCCGAGCGUACGCAGAGCUGGUUCGACAGCAAACUUGACGAGAUGGUGGCAAUUGGAAUGCUGGCUGCUUUCGCUAAAGGAGCGAUUGUGAUACACCGUGACAAGCUCAUCCGGCUACACAUCACAGAUGCUAUGCUGAAGUCGCCGUAUUAUGGGUUCGACGAACGCGCUCUCGACUUCCUGUCAGCAGUCUGGGGACUUCAUCGCGCUAAGAUGCUGUCCAUCGAGGAGACUCGACGACUGUUCGAGGCCACAAUCCAGAGGCUGGCUCCGCAUGAAAGUGGUAAACUCCAGAAAAACUUCCCAAACUGGCCAAUCUCCGGAAGACUUGGGCUUGUGGCUUGUGGCAAAAGUUUCGCGAAGCUGAUUAUCAGGCUAUCUGAGCUGAAGCUCGACGAUCCCCUCGAGAACUUACUGGCUUGCAUGUUGGAGGCUUACCGCGGUUGCAGUAGGAGGGACAAGCUUUCGAGCAUACAGCCUGUCCUGAACACAUUCAGCAAAUCCUACACUGACCAGCAGAUUGACGCCCGUCUACGCGACUUCCUGUGCAGCCUGGUCACAACAUGCAGAGAAGAUUACAUCGGCACUCCGCCACCCCUUACCUCGAAACUCUGGCGCCGUGUGGUACGAUGCAAGCUACCCGACUGCGACGACUGUCCGAAGUUGAACAAGUUCCUUGGAGAUGUCGACCAGCGCAAGUUUGAAGUUCUACUCAACAAGGAGAGGCAUCACCGGUAG